GACAUCAGUGAUUUGCCGGCUAACAGUGCAUGCAUUUGCAGCUCCAUGGAACUAGAGUGGUAUAAUGAAUUAAAACAGAACGUACAUUGAUACAUUCAGUUUGUGGUCUAGUCUAGUUUAGGUUACAACUCUUAACUUAUAUUGUGCUUUUACAUCGUAUUUUCUGUUUACUGAGUCACAUUUCACGAAGAUGUCUGUGGUAGGAUUCGACGUCGGUUUUCUGAACUGCUAUGUAGCGGUAGCUCGAGCCGGUGGAAUUGAAACUGUGGCCAAUGAGUACAGCGAUCGAUGUACACCAGCAUGCGUGUCAUUUGGACCACGAAAUCGAUCUAUUGGUGCAGCUGCAAAAAGCCAGGUCGUCACAAACUGCAAGAACACAGUCCAAGGGUUCAAGAGAUUUCAUGGACGGGCAUUUUCAGAUCCCUACAUCCAGCGCUUGAAAUCCAGCCUCGUUUACGAUCUGGCCCAGAUGCCUUCUGGUACAACUGGUAUCAAGGUGAUGUACAUGGAGGAGGAGAAGGUGUUCAGCAUUGAGCAGGUCACUGCCAUGCUUCUGACCAAGAUGAAAGAGACAGCGGAGCAUGCACUAAAGAAACCUGUGGCUGACUGCGUUGUCUCUGUCCCCUGUUACUUCACCGACGCAGAGAGACGAUCGGUGGUGGACGCAGCACAGAUCGCCGGCCUCAACUGUCUUAGGCUAAUGAAUGAGACGACUGCAGUUGCUUUGGCGUAUGGAAUUUACAAGCAGGACCUCCCUGCCCCAGAAGAGAAGCCCAGGAUAGUGGUCUUUGUAGACAUUGGGCACUCUGGAUACCAGACCUCUAUCUGUGCCUUUAACAAGGGCAAGCUGAAGGUCCUUGCAACGGCUUGCGAUCCGGAGCUGGGUGGUAAGGAUUUUGAUGAAAUGCUUGUGAGGCAUUUUUGUGAGGAAUUUGGAAAGAAGUACAAGCUGGAUGUGAAGACCAAGCCUAGGGCUCUGGUCAGGCUCUACCAGGAGUGUGAGAAACUCAAGAAGCUCAUGAGUGCUAACUCUUCAGACCUGCCCCUCAACAUUGAGUGCUUCAUGAACGACAUUGAUGUCUCCGGAAAGCUCAAUCGGGCUCAGUUUGAGGAGAUGUGCGUUGACGUUUUGGCCAGAGUGGAGGCACCUCUACACAGCUUGAUGGAGCAAGCCAAGCUGAGGAAGGAGGAUAUCUAUGCAGUGGAAAUCGUGGGUGGGGCCUCCCGUAUCCCGUCUGUCAAAGAGAGGAUCAGCAAGUUCUUUGGGAAGGAGCUGAGCACCACACUGAAUGCUGAUGAGGCUGUGGCCAGAGGAUGUGCCCUGCAGUGUGCAAUCCUGUCCCCUGCAUUCAAAGUGCGUGAGUUCUCCAUCACUGAUGCAGUCGCUUAUCCCAUCUCUCUGAAAUGGAACUCUGCUGCAGAGGAAGGCUUGAGCGAUUGCGAGGUGUUCCCGAAGAACCACGCGGCACCGUUCUCCAAAGUGUUGACGUUCUACCGGAGGGAACCGUUCACUCUGGAGGCCUACUACAACAACCCCAAAGAGUUGCCCUACCCUGAUCCCACCAUCGGUCAGUUUGUGAUUCAGAAGGUGGUGCCGCAGGCUUCAGGCGAGAGCUCCAAGGUCAAGGUCAAGGUGAGGAUCAACAUCCACGGCAUCUUCAGCGUCUCCUCAGCUUCGCUGGUGGAGGUCCAGAAGACGGAGGAGGGAGAGGAGCCCAUGGACACAGAACAGCAGACGUCACCCGAGAAGGAGGAAGAGGGCAAAAUGCAGACUGAUCAGGAUGAGACAAAGGCCCAUGGAGAAGGUCAAAAAGAGACAGAGGAGAAGAAGACUCCUGAGAAUGAGGAGAUGGAGACCUCUACAGAGGAGAGUAAGACUGAGAAGAAGUCUGACCAGCCUCCCCAGGCCAAGAAGCCCAAAGUCAAGACAAAAGUCCUGGAGCUUCCUAUCGAGAACAGCCCCCAGUGGCAACUGGCCCUCGACAUGCUUAACCUUUUUGUAGAAAACGAGGGUAAGAUGAUCAUGCAGGACAAGCUGGAGAAGGAGAGGAACGACGCCAAAAACUACGUAGAGGAGUAUGUCUAUGACAUGAGGGACAAACUACAUGGAAUGCUGGAGAAGUUCGUCAGUGAGGCUGAUCGGGACAUCCUGUCGUUAAAACUGGAGGACACAGAGAACUGGCUGUAUGAAGAUGGAGAGGACCAACCCAAACAACAGUACAUUGACAGAUUGGCUGAGCUCAAGAAACUGGGCCUGCCCAUCCAGGAGAGGUACAUUGAGUCUGAGGAGAGACCCAAGGCCUUCGACGAGAUGGGGAAACAGAUCCAGAUGUACAUGAAGAUUGUCGAAGCUUACAAAACCAAGGAUGAACAGUAUGACCAUUUAGACGAGGCAGAUGUCAAUAAGGUGGAUAAGAUGGUGAACGAAGCCAUGAUCUGGAUGAACAGCAAAAUGAACCAGCAGAGCAAACAGAGCCUGACUGUGGAGCCUGCUGUCAGGGUCAGAGAGAUCCAGGCCAAAACUAAGGAGCUGUACUCUGCCUGCAACCCCAUUGUGACCAAGCCUAAACCCAAGGUGGAGCUACCCAAGGACGACAAGGCAGGGGAGCAGAACGGACCAGUGAACGGCCAGGAGAAUGUCCCAGCAGAGGGCCCUGAGAAGGGGGCUGCGGACAGCAAAGACAACCCCACCUCCACGGAAUCCACAGAACCUAGACCUGACAUGGACCUUGACUAAAGCAUUCGAAUAGGCAGCAACCAGUGUCUCCCCUCUCAGGGGCUGUGUUUCAAUCAGAAAUGUCCCCUUUCAUGUUUCCUUGGUCCCUCUCCCUUUGAGAUCUGGUAGCACUGGGAAGACAACUAAAGCACUAUGGAGGAAAAUCAUAACACUGCCUGCAUGACCUACCAAGAAGGCAUGCUGGAGAUAUUAAUUAUAGUACUGUAGCACAUUUGCUUAUGUCUUAUCAAAAUUGUUCGUUCCGAUCUAUUGAGAUUAA